AUGGCGAGCGCGGCAACCGCGCCCGAGAAUCUCGUGUCGAGCGCGGCCUCCCCCGCGCCGGAGCCCGAGAAUGCACCUGCCGAGCGCCGUGAGCCGCAGAACGAGUACGAGCGCCUAGAGUUUGCGGUGGAAAAGAACCCCCGCGUGGCGGAGCACUGGAUGGAGCUGCUGGCGUAUGUCAAAGACGAGCAGGACCUGGACGCAGUGCGCCGCGUGUACGACCGCUUCUUUGAGUACUUCCCUAAUGCGGGCGCGCAGUGGAUUGCGUAUGCCGAGAUGGAGCUUGCCCACUCCAACUUUACGCAGGUCGACGCGAUUUUCGUGCGGUGCCUGCGCACGACACUGAGCCUCGACCUGUGGCGCUUCUAUUUGCAGUACACGCGUCGUGUGAACCCUCUACCCCCUUAUACCGGCGAGGACAACAGCCCCCGCGAGCAGACGCGCCGCGUGCUCGAAGGCGCGUACGAGUUUGCGCUCAAGUACAUCGGCUGGGACCGCGAGAGCGGCGUGAUCUGGCAGGACUAUAUCAACCUGAUCCGCGAGCGCGAGGCCAAAGGUACAUGGCAAGAAGGCCAAAAGAUGGACCAGUUGCGCCGCGUCUUUCGCCGCGCGGUCGUCAUUCCCCUGAACCAGGUCGAGGCAAUCUGGCGCGACUAUGAUGCGUACGAGAACGCGCUGAACAAGCUCACUGCGAAAAAGUUCCUCGCCGAGUCCUCGCCCGGGUACAUGCAGGCGCGCAGCGUGCUGCGCGAGCUCAAGGGCCAGACGGAAAACUUGGUGCGCCCCGAGCUGCCGGUGCUCCCCUGCUGGAUCCUGCCGACACCCUUCUCGCGGCCGCCCGGUAAGGAGCGCCAGAUGUUUGCGGCGUGGCGGCGGUACCUCGAGUGGGAGGAAAAGAACCCCUUGAUGCUCGAGGAUACGGCGGCGUUCCACACGCGCGUCCUGUCGGCCUACCGCAAAGCGUCGAUGUACAUGCGCUUUGACGCGGUGCUCUGGUACAAUGCCGCGUCCUUCUGCCAGAGCGCGCACCGCGAGGCGGAUGCGCUCGCGUGGUACAAGAGCGGAAUGGAGGCGUGCCCGUGGAGUCUGCUGCUGCGCUUUGGCUAUGCGGAGCUGUGCCGUGCGCAAGGGCGGUACGCCGACGGAACCGCGGCGCUUGACGAGCUUGUCGUCUACCUGCAGCACGAGCUCGACGUGCGUCUCGGUGCGCUGCGUGCCAUGCAGGAGCACGUCGACAAAGAAACCGCCGAGGAGCGUGUGCGCAUCCAGGAGCGGCGGCAGCAGCUCGACUCGAUGCCCGAGGACGAGGGUGAUACGGCCGUCGAGCUCGCCGACAAGGAGCGCCGCUUGCACGAGGAGUGUGCGUCGCGCAAGACGAAGCUCGCCGAGGACAGCAAAGUGGAGAUCGACGAGUGGAAAGAUGCCAUGGCGCAGACCUGGAUCAAGUACAUGCACUUUGUGCGCCGCGCCGACGGCAUCAAGCCUACGCGCCAAAUCUUUGGCCGUGCGCGCAAGACGCCGCACUGUGCGUGGCAGGUGUACGAGGCGAAUGCGCUCAUCGAGUACCACUGCUCCAAAGAGCCGGUCGUCGCGGCCAAGGUGUUUGAGCUGGCGCUGCGCACCUUUGGCCCAGAGGAGCACCUCGUGGUGCGGUACCUCGACUUCUUGAUCUCGAUCAACGACGAUACCAAUGCGCGCGCCGUCUUUGAGCGCACGGUGAGCAGCAUUCCUGCCGAGCGCGCGCGCAUCAUCUGGAAUCGGUGGUCGGACUACGAGUACUGCUACGGCGACACGAGUGCGAUCGCGCGCCUCGAGUCGCGUCUCCACGACCUGUACCCCGACGAGCCCAAGGUCGAGGCGGCGGCCGACAAGCUGCGCUACGACAUGCUCGACGCGGUGCGUGCGCGCGACCUCGGCUUUUCGCGUGCUGCGAAUGCAAUGCUGCGCAAAGAGCGUACCGAGACGCCCGCCGUGGACGAGCCACGCGAAGAGACGCAAAAACCCAAGGCCGCCGCGCCGGCGGCCGGCCGCCAGAGCAUGGAAGAGAUCCGCAAGAGCCUCCUUGCCGCCGAGCCGAAGAAGGAGUCGGAGAAGCGCGCCGCGAGCAAGGAGCCACCCGCCGCCAAAAAAGCCAAGACGAGCGAGGCGCCGACGCGCCGCAGCCGCCUCGAGCCGACGCCCCCCCCGCAGCCCUCGCUGCCGGACGCGCUGCUGUACUUUUUGAGCCUCCUGCCGAGCGCGCAGUCGUUCGACGGCCCGCGCAUUCCCCCGGACCAUAUCCUCGAGUGCAUGAUGAACACGAGCCUGCCGCUGAUCCAGCUGCCGGGCUACGCGGACCGCAAGGGGCCCGCACGGCGCUCCACGCGCAAAGGCCGCUAG